CAAUUUACAGCGUAGUACUCGGUAUGAACAUACAUGGCUAAGACUUGAUAAAGACACCAUACCGUUCCUCAUCCGCGCUAGAGCAAGUCGGAGAUUACAUGCAAUCUCCGCCCGCAGGAUGUACGCCACGCUGUAUGUUGUAUCGCGUUGCAUCGCUGUUGGCGUUGGUGUUGGUUAUCUCGAUCAUGCAUCAGUGGCCAUUCCGGGACCUAGCUCACUCAACCAGCCCAAGCACUGGACGAUCCCGCAGCCGUCAGAUUUUAGCUUCCAGCGGUACAGUCGCACAGCCUUAUGGCGCCAUUGGUCAUGGGCCUGAGGGGCUGAGCUGCCCUGACAGGGUAGUCUGUGCUACUUAAACAUGACUCUGACCGAGGGGUUUCAUUCAUCUGUACCCCGCUUACUCGAUCGUCCAUCCUUCGUGUCUUAUCUUGUCUUAUCUUGCCCUGACUGUCCUCGUCUCUUCUCGUCUCGCCUCGAUCCUGACUCCAAUCGGAUCGUUCCCCAUCU